AUGAAGCUUUUGACCAAGGAGGAAGAAGAUGCCCACUACCGGGCGGUUUUGCAAGGAGGCACGGUCGGCUGCGUGCUGGGUAUCGUCGGCGGCGUGGCGGGGGUGAUGGCGGCGUCGCGGCGAUAUCAUACGAUCCGGUCGCUGACGCUGCCGAUGAAGACCUUCCUGGUGACCUCUUCAGGGACGUUUGUGGGAAUCGUGGCGGCGGACCACUCGUCGCGGCAAUUCGAGGCACAGCGCAACACACAGCUACAAUGGUACCAGAGUCGAGAAGCACAAUUGCACCAGGAGGAGAUGGCGGGGAUGGGGACAAUGGAGCGGCUGACCAAGUGGGCGCACCGGGAGAAGUACAAGAUCGUCAGUGCGACCUGGGUGGCCAGCAUGAUCGGCUCGUUCGUACUGGUGGGCCGCAACCCGUACCUAUCCGGACAGCAGAAGAUCGUCCAGGCGCGUGUCUACGCGCAGGGACUGACGCUCGCGGUGCUGGUUGCUUCGGCGGCGUUUGAGAUCCACGACCAGCGCAAGGGCCGGGGUAUCCUUGAGGCCGCCAAGAAGAAGGUCCAGGAGGUCGACAACCACGCCGAUAAUAAUGAGCAGAACGAUCUGUGGAAGGAUAUGGUUGCUGCAGAGGAGCAGCGCCUCAAGUCCAAGCACAAGUCGUUGUACGAGCCCAACAACCACCACAACCACAACUCCCACGCCGACAAGCAACAGCCCCAGCCGCCGCAGCAGGAGGCCGAGACUCAGUCUGAGCCGGCCAAGAGCGAACCGGUUGCCAAGGAGGAGUAAAAAAGAAAAAGAAAAAACACUUGAUGGAGCGGAAGACAAUUUUUUCCUUUGCUUGGUAACUCAUGAUCAUGAGCGGUACAGGAGGCGGCUGGAUGGGGCAGGUUUCUCGUUCC